CUUUCCACCCCUGCGGCUGCCUUUAACCCCCCGCCGCGCUCCUCUCUUUAUUUUAUUUUCCCCCAUUUUGCCCACCCCCGGCUGCUGCUCCCCCCCCCCCCCGCGCGCUCCCCUCAACGGUCCUCAACGGUCCUCAACGGUCGUCGCCGCGGAGCCCCCCGGAGCGGAUAUAUGUUGGGGAAAGGAGGAAAGCGGAAGUUUGACGAGCAUGAAGAUGGGCUGGAAGGCAAAGUGGUGUCUCCCACUGACGGUCCCUCUAAGGUGUCUUACACCUUACAGCGUCAGACUAUCUUCAACAUUUCCCUUAUGAAACUUUAUAACCACAGGCCAUUAACCGAGCCAAGCUUGCAAAAGACAGUUUUAAUUAACAACAUGUUGAGGCGAAUCCAGGAGGAACUCAAACAAGAAGGCAGCUUGAGGCCUGUGUUCGUCACGGCGUCGCAGCCCGCCGACCCGCUGGGCGACAGCUUCCGGGAGGCGCAGCCGGCGUUCAGCCACCUCGCCGCCCAGCCCCUGCUCCCGCCCGACCUGGUCAGCACUACGCCCCUGGAGGCUUGCCUCACCCCCGCCUCGCUGCUCGAGGACGACACUUUUUGCACUUCCCAGACCGUCCAGCACGACGGUCCGACAAAACUACCACCUCCUGCUCUCCAGCCAGUAAAGGACAGCUUCUCCUCAGCCUUGGACGAAAUCGAGGAGCUUUGUCCGGCACCUACCUCCGCAGAGGCCGUAGCAGUAGCAGCCGAAACCGCAGCGGGCGACUCGAAAGACCACGCCAGCGAGUGCAGCGUGCAAAAGCCCGAGGGCGUCCCGGAGAGCAGACCGGCGGAGCCGAAGCUCAUGGACUCGCUGCCUGGCAAUUUUGAGAUCACGACUUCCACAGGUUUCCUCACAGACUUGACCCUGGAUGAUAUCCUGUUCGCUGACAUUGAUACGUCCAUGUAUGAUUUUGACCCCUGCACAUCUGCCACGGGGGCGGCCUCAAAAAUGGCCCCCGUCUCCGCAGAUGAGCUCCUCAAAACUCUUGCUCCGUACAGCAGCCAACCAGUAACUCCAAAUCAGCCUUUCAAAAUGGACCUCACAGAACUGGAUCACAUAAUGGAGGUGCUUGUUGGGUCUUAAAAUAUAGCAACUCGCUCGCUC